GACUCAGUGACUGACACGGGGUUUUUAACUUUAAAAGUUCAAUUUAUAAACUGCAAAAGUUUAUAAUGCUGUCAAGGAAACUUUUACCCAAGGGAGUGUCAAAUGCAAUGAAAGGAAUUGUUUGUCAAUGCAGGUCAUAUUCGCAGAAGGAGUCCUUGAAGAAAACAUGUCUGUAUGACUACCAUGUCAAAAAUGGUGGUAAAAUGGUGCCAUUUGCUGGAUGGAGCAUGCCUGUGCAGUAUACAAAUGGAAUCUCAGAGUCUCACCUCCAUGUGCGGUCAGCAGCAGGUCUGUUUGAUGUCUCUCACAUGUUGCAGACAAAGGUUACUGGUAAAGACAGAGUGCCAUUUAUUGAGAGCCUAAUAGUGGGGGAUAUUGAAGGACUCAAAGACAACCAGGGAACCCUGUCUAUAUUUACCAAUGAAAAAGGAAGUAUUCUGGAUGAUUUAAUUGUGUCAAAAACUGAGGAGGGGUACCUGUAUGUUGUGUCUAAUGCUGGCUGUGCUGACAAAGACUAUAAAAAUAUGAAGACUCAAGCUGAGAACUGCAGGAAGAAGGGAAUGGAUGUCAAUGUAGAGAUGAUCUGCAAUGGACUUCUGGCCCUACAAGGUCCGUCAAUGGCUAAGGUGCUACAGGAGGGGGUUGACUUUGAUCUAAAUACUUUACCAUUCAUGACAAACAAGAUGGCUUCAGUGUUUGGUAUCCCUGACUGCAGAGUGACAAGAUGUGGUUAUACAGGAGAGGAUGGAGUCGAGAUAUCAGUAAAUCCUGACAGGGCUGAGGAUUUGGCAAACACUCUGACUGGGUCCUCUAAGGAACAGGUCAUGCUGAUAGGUCUCGGGGCACGAGACACCCUACGUCUAGAGGCAGGACUCUGCCUCUAUGGAAGUGACAUAGAUGAAACUACUACACCAGUUGAGGCUUCCUUAACAUGGACAAUAGGAAAAAGACGACGAGAAGAGGCCAAUUUUCCAGGAGCUUCAAUUAUUUUAAGACAAAUAAAUGAAAAACCUGAAAGACGGAGAGUUGGUUUUCUCUCUUCUGGAGCACCUGCAAGAGGACACACCAAAAUUUAUGAUGAAUCCGGCUCAGAAUUGAUUGGUGAAUUGACUAGUGGAUGUCCAUCCCCAUCAUUGAAACAAAAUGUCUCCAUGGGUUAUAUCAAAAAUUCUCACAUCAAAACUGGAACCAAGGUCAAGUUUGAGGUCAGGAAGAAAAGGCUGGAUGCUGUAGUAUCAAAAAUGCCAUUUGUUCCUUCAAACUAUUUUUCUCCUAAAUAAACCCAUUUUUCAUUUUAGUGGACUGUUUAUAAUAAAUUUGUUUCUGUGAGUUGUUGUAUGAUUGUACUGAAAAUUGAGCUUUAAGAAUAUUAAUGGAAAUGAUUACUGAUGAGGUAUGGUAAAAAAAUUGUUGUAUUUUUGGAAAAAGAGAGAAAAAAGAGUGAGGUUUGUUUAAGAAUCUCAAGAAACUUCCAUAAUUUAAAAAAAAAUUGCACUGUAAUCUGGCAUUACUAAAAUAUAAGCAUUCUGUGUCAUGUUUUCUUUUAAUAAUGAAUCUCAGUUGAUUACAUCUUAGAAAUUCUUACUAUUAGUGUAUCUUUUAUGAUUUUUUUUAAUAGCCAGUAAUGUGAAUAGUGUAUCAGAUAUUACAUGUACACUAAUGACUUCUACUUUACAGCAUACUUAUUACACAUUAUAUUUUUUACACUCAAACUUCUACUUUGAUUUAUCUUUUCAAUCAGUAAGUAUUAAUUCAGAUC